AGGUUAUAUAAAGGAGUUGCCGUUAAUCAUUCUUUCACUUGCUCAUGGCAUGAACGCGUGAUCAUGUUAGAAUUGUGAACAUGUCAACAAAAGUUUUGCGAUCACUUAGUUCUUUAGCCUCAACAGUCGAAAACAGCAAGAAAUAUGAGGUGUGGAGAAGGGCCCAGGAGGCAGUUACAGCAUUAAACACACUUCAGAGCAAUGCACAGACUCUGGAGAAAAUACGCCAGCAAGGAGGCAAAAAGGCCGAGCUCAACAUCCCCAACAUGAUCAAGUUUGCGGAACGAGUCGGCAUCACAUUAGAUGAUGUGGAUAAACUCUCCAUAAUCCAUGUAAGUGGGACGAAAGGAAAAGGAUCUACAUGUGCCUUUUGUGAGAGCAUACUGAGACAUCAGGGAUACAAAACAGGAUUCUUCAGUUCACCACAUCUAGUUGAAGUUCGAGAGCGUUUCAGGAUCAAUGGAAUUCCAAUCACAAGGGACAAAUUUACGGAUUACUUUUGGGAUGUGUUUGGGAGGUUGGAGAAAACAAAGGAGUCUUUUGAUGGAUCCAUGCCAACAUACUUCUCUUUUCUGACCGUGAUGUCCCUAUACGUGUUCCUGAAAGAGGAAGUAGAUGUGGCAAUUAUGGAGGUUGGGAUUGGAGGGCAGUAUGAUAGCACAAACUUAAUACGGAAACCAGUUGCCUGUGGAGUUGCAUCCCUUGGUCUAGAUCAUACCUCUAUACUUGGCGAUACUGUUGAUAAAAUUGCCUGGCACAAAGCUGGGAUAUUUAAGCCAAGUGUACCAGCAGUGACCUCACCACAGCCUGAUAUUGCUUUAAAUGUCAUAAAAGAGCGGGCCAAAGAAAUUGGGUGUCCAUUAAGUGUUGCCCCGUCUUUAUCCCUGUUCGAGUCAGUUGGACAACCCCUCAGUCUCGGGAUUGCAGGACACAUGCAAAGACAAAAUGCAGCACUAGCCAUUCAACUGUGUAAAUUGUGGAUAGACAACAGAAGGAAACAGCAAAAAAACAUGGAGGAUGAUCAAAACGGCAAGACGACGGAGUGGAACACAGAAGACAUGAGGCUUCCUUCAUCAGUGACUGAAGGACUUAAGCACUGUAGAUGGGAUGGCAGGAACCAGACAAUAAAGAAACCAGGAAUCACAUAUUACCUGGAUGGAGCUCAUACAUUAGAAAGUGUUCAGCAAUGUAUACAAUGGUUCAGAUGUGCUUCAGCGGAGGAAUCUGAAAAAUUGAGAGGCCAUGUAAUCCAGGUCCUUGUAUUUAACUCGACAGGCGAUAGGGAAGCUAGUGUACUUAUUGAACCGUUGGUGAAUUGUGGUUUUGAUGCAGCAGUAUUCUGUCCAAAUAUUGCCUUCUCUACUUUAAAUACUGUUGCACGCUCCACUAAAACAGAUGCAACGAAUUUUACCGUUACAAAGGAAAGUCAGCUAAACCGUGUUCUUGCUAACAUGCUGUUGUUUGAAAGACUGGCAGUUAAAAGACUACAACAACAAAAGCAUGAAAAAGAAACAACACAGAGAGAGAGAGACAACACACGUGAUGCGAAAAGACCAAGGUUCUCAAAAUUGGACACUCACAACAUUGAAGACAAGGGAGAUAACUCUCAGACUGUCUGUGAUAUUGAAGACUGUGUUAUUACCAAAGAUUUCCCUUGUAUUUCUUCAGCAUUAAAUUGGGCAACUCAGGGAAAAGAACCAAAUAUUUCAUCUCAGUCUUUCACAGAAUUCCCCUCCAAAGUGAAGGAUGCAGACCAUAUACAGAUUUUGGUGACCGGCAGUCUGCACUUGGUGGGGGGUGUUAUAGGGCUUAUUGGACCAGAAUAAAAAUCGAUUUUUAUAUUCA